UUCUUGAAAUAUCAGGGAUGCAUGACCGAACUUGUAAGCAGUGUACAUAAAUGAAAGGAACGUUUGUUUACUAGAUUUUCCGCGACCACGUGUUAGUUGUUGGCGUUGUUGCAACGUGUAUUGCUUUACUAGUGUAAGAUCAGUGAUUUACGAUGCACAGUUCUUAUCGUUUCCUUGCGUUACUUUCUUUUUGAUACCCAAUCAGUUCUCUAUCUGCAGUGUGGAAUCGGUUGUGGUGUCCUGCGCCCGACAAGAUGCCGUACUGCUGUGUGCCACGCUGCAAGUCAUCCAGUAAACAACGGACGCCGGGCAUAUCGUUCCACGAAAUACCAAGUGAUCCGGAACUGUGCGCAAAAUGGCUGAAAGUCAUUUCUCGUGAAAACUGGGUGCCGAAUACGACGUCGUGCUAUUCUACUGUAUGCAGCCGACACUUCAGUUCCUCUGACUUUAAGGAAGGUUGCAAAAUUCGGAAACUUAAGAAAGAUGCUAUUCCCAGCAUUUUCGAAGAAUAUCCGGCGUACUUGCAGCCUCCUAAAAAAAGAGAGAGAAGCUACGCGUCAGUGAAAAAGCGCGAGGCUGCUGCGCUAGCCAACCCACCACCGCCGAAGCGACGAGCAGUCAUUGAUGACAACCAAAUGGAGUCGUGUCCGCAUCCGCUCUACGAAUUGCCGGUUGUCGACGUCGUCUUUGAAGAUUUGUCACCUGUGGACUGCACCGCUACCGAACCGUUGCCACCCGUGAAAAACGGCGCUAGCGAGCGCUGCAUCACCGCGACUUUGCAGAUGGACAGAGCAGUGCAGGUGUCCUCACAAUUCUCGGUUUCGACAGUGGACAAACGAAAGUGGAGACGCAAAGAACGAGACUUAAACGCGCAUAUUCAGCGGCUCAAGAAUACCGUCGACAAUUAUAAACAAGAAAUACAAAAGCUCAAGGAAGAGUGCUUUGUUCAUGCAUUCCUCCAAGUUGUCGAGAAAGCGAAGGAGAAAGACUUGGCUGCGUCAGUAUUAGUAGAACAAGUUAAGAAUUUCGGGAAAACGAAACCAACGUGGUCUGAUCUGACAGUGCGCCAUGCUGUAGUUUUACGUAACCUCUCGACUCGCGCAUACGAGCACAUAAGGACUACAGGCAUUCUCCGGCUGCCCAGUCGAAGCACCCUGGAGCGUUUUAUGGGCACAUCACGUGGCGAAGUCGGCGUGACGGAACUCGCGAAGCAAAGGCUGUCAACCGAGCUCGCUUCUCAUCCCUCAUCGCAAGCCAGAGCGUGCUCUUUAAUUGUCGACGAAAUGCGCGUGAAACAGAGGCUACUUUACCAUAAACAAAGGGACGCCUUCAUCGGUGAAGUAGACUAUGGUGGGAGCUUUCCUAAGGAAACAACAAAUGAGCCUGUGCUAGCCAACUCACUUCUGUGCUUCGUCCUCAACGGCCUUUCAGUUUCGUUUAAAAUACCCGUGGCAUACUUUUUCACGAGAAAUUGCACUGGCCGCGAGCUGCACACGCUCAUGUGACACGUCCUGAAUGAAGUUGAAAACAUAGGAUUUUUCAUCGUGCGCAUUGUCACCGACAACCACAAAAUCAAUGUCUUAGCGUUCCAACUUCUAUGCAACGGAAGCCUCACGCAUUGCAUUGAGCACCCAGGAACACCGAAUCGAAAGCUUUUCUUAGCAUUCGAUCAGUGCCACUUGGUCAAAAACGUGCGCUCGCAGUUUUUAUCGCGUGACAUUGGAAAAGGCGGCGAAAUAACGGCGAACCACUUGAAGAGCCUCUACAAAAUGCAGCAAGGCAGCCUUGUAAAGCCAGUUAGAUUUCUAACGAGAAAACACGUGUUCCCCACAAACAUCGAAAAAAUGAACGUAAAAAGAGCAAUCCAAGUUUUGUCUCCUGCGGUGACAGCGGCAUUGAAGCUCCUGCAAGAGCAAGCGGGCCACACAUGCGACGCAAGUUUCGCGGGUGUCGGACCGACCGUUGAAUUCAUGGACACCGUGCACCGCUGGUUCAUGCUCAUGGACGUGAGCAAUUGUACCCAGCACAUACACCAGAACAAUGCCGAUUGCAAGCAGUUCGAAUUUACAAGCGAUGAACGGUUAAUCUGGCUUGAAACAAGCUUCCUCGACUACCUGGCCGAUCUCAAAAGCCAGUGCCUGGCGAAGAACUUCUUAACCAAGGAGACUUACGAAGGCCUGGUGAUGACAACUCGUUCAAAUGUUGAGUGCAUUCGAUAUCUUCUUGAAGAGAUGCGCUUUCACUUUGUUUUAACGAGAAAAAUGUCGUCUGACCCAAUCGAGUCGUUUUUUGGCUGGCUGAGGAAGUCAGCAGGGUCAAAUGAUCAAACGGAUGCCCGAGCUGUUCUGUCAGGUAUUGAGAAGACUCUGAAGACUGGCAUCGCGUCGGCGGCUGGUACGAGCAACGUAAUGGCAGCAGAAGGCAGCGAUUACUUGUCAACGCUGCCGCAACAGAAAAACACAAGGGAAGGAACCAGCGAGGAAUUCCCUGCAGAUGCAUGUAGAGAGCUCACAGAGCGACUCAAGCGAGGACAGCCUCUGCUUCCUACUCCAGAUGUCGCAGCAUUGGCUAUGGUCGGCGGCUACUUGGCAAGAGUUGUACAAGAAAAUAUCAAUUGCGAGGAGUGCGUCAGCCUGUUAAAAAAGCCAAACGCCUCGGCGCCCUCGGACUCGCUGAUAAAGCACCAAGACCGCGGUGGACUCAUCUACCCAUCGGGACAACUUUUAGCGGUUCUCUACGCAUUAGAGAAAUUUAUCGGCGUUCUUCUCGCAAGAAGAAGGCACAUGAAUCAGCCUUUGAAGGAGGCUGUGAGUAAUGCCGCUGCAAUACUCCGCGAGCACAAAACUUUGAUGUGCUCGACGCCAGGACACCAAGAGAACCUGCUGCAACUGUUGCUGACAAAGUUUUUUCGCCCAAUAUUCACAAAUUUUGCAUUGAAGGCGACAGACAAACACGACAUGGCUAAAGUGUUUGAAAUAAAACCGCUGUCACGAAAGACCCUCAAACUGUGAGCUUUGAUCUCACAGUUCGGCGCUUUUUGGUGAAGGGCUGGCUCUCCACAACAUGUUUUGUGUUGCUUACUUCCACUGUACAUUGUGUACGAACAUCAAUUUAACGUGCGAUUAUAUUUUAUAAUUCCAUCUCAAAUACGAACGCCAAACUUGUCUCCACGAGCGCGUGCGCAAGCGGCGGCGUCGCGUCGUCUGCUCUGGGACAGGGUAUGGGAAGGCAGCGUGGUCUGGUGGCGGGCGCAUGAACUAGGCGGUACGGACGGCGCGCUUUGUUCCCCCACUCAGUGAGCGGGCAUGAAAAAAUAUAGGAGG